AGAUGACUCCUCUCCAUUUGCUUGCAGAUGGUAAUCUUGGGAGGUAAAUCCUCACUGGCACUCCAUCAAAAUGCAGAUCCUUUAUGAAGAGCUUUGAAUCCCUGAAUGCCGGCAGUCCACCACAAAUCAACCUAAUAAGAACUCUUGCCAUCACAGAGGCAUCUUCAGUUUCAAGGAAGAAAAUGUCAUGAAGGAGAAUGGGGAAUUUGGCCUGCUUCCUGAAUGUUCCAGUGCACUGGUUAAGGACUUCUGAGUAAGAACAUGGAAGGGAUUCACUUUGGGAUGACUUUAAAAUUACGACUAGGAACCACUGCUGCAAUAUGACAGGUCCUCGUUUCCAUCAACAAAGAAACCUCUCUCCUGAUGCUAGGAUGAUGCUCUGAUAGUCCUAUGGCUUACUUCAUAAAAGGUAAACUGGCAUUUAAAGUUACACAGCGAGGAAACCGUGCUACCUGCGUGUGACAACCCCAAAGGACAGCGAUCAAGAAGCAGGGGAGUGACUCGGUCUUCUGCACUGUUCUGCUCCUACCCCGAUUUUUUAGGGGAAGAGAAGGAUUUUUCCAGUCCAAGAAUCCGUUGCCCCCCACGUUUCGGAAGGGGGCCGAAGACUUGUCACCCACCCGGGGGUGCAUGAAGGGUAGUGGUUUUCUUUCUCUCUUAACUUGGUUCUGUGAAGGGUUGGAAGAGAAUUUUGCCUUCCUGGCUUGCCUGGAAGAAGAGGAUGAUUUGGAAAUGGCUGGGCGCUUUGCUGCUUUUCCCCGUGCAGAUGGUUUAUUUGGUGGUGAAAGCUGCCGUGUGCGCGGUGCUGCCGCCCAAGCUCCGGGACCUGUCCGGGGAGAGCGUGCUCAUCACCGGCGGGGGCCGGGGCAUCGGCCGCCACCUGGCCAGGGAGUUCGCGAGGCGAGGAGCCAGGAAGAUCAUCCUGUGGGGUCGAACUGAGAAAUGCCUGAAGGAGACCACAGAGGAAAUCAGGAUGAUGGGGACAGAAUGCCAUUAUUUCAUUUGUGAUGUAGGAAACCGAGAGGAGGUCUAUCGGCAAGCCAAAGCUGUGCGGGAGAAGGUGGGUGAUAUCACUAUCCUAGUGAACAAUGCUGCUGUGGUCCAUGGUAAAAGCCUGAUGGACAGUGAUGACGAUGCACUGCUCAAAUCACAACAUAUAAACACCCUGGGACAGUUCUGGACCACCAAAGCAUUCCUGCCAAGGAUGCUGGAGUUGCAGAAUGGACACAUUGUUUGCUUGAACUCUGUCCUAGCCUUGUCAGCCAUCCCUGGUGCCAUUGACUAUUGCACCUCCAAAGCCUCAUCCUUUGCCUUUAUGGAGAGCCUGACCUUGGGGCUGCUAGACUGUCCUGGAGUGAAUGCCACAACAGUCCUGCCCUUCCACACGAGCACAGAGAUGUUUCAGGGCAUGAGAAUCAGGUUCCCUAAUCUUUUUCCUCCUCUCAAGCCAGAGACUGUGGCUAGGAGGACAGUAGAAGCCGUGCAGAUGAAUCAAGCCUUCCUGCUCCUUCCAUGGACAAUGCAUGUUCUUGUCAUCCUAAAAAGCAUUCUCCCUCAGGCAGCACUUGAAGAAAUCCACAAGUUUUCUGGAAGCUACACCUGCAUGAACACUUUUAAAGGGCGAACAUAGACUUGGUGAUGGAAGGACUAUUCUUCAGUGAAACCAACACAAGCAUGAAAAUCCUGACAAGACUGUGAAUCAGCAGUCUUGGCUUUUAGCCUGUUCAUGUGACUUGCGCUGCUUUGAGGCAACACAUUUCUUGCAGGUCAUAUCCAUAGUAACAUGACCUUUGCACAGGAUUGAAUGACUAGACUAUGGACCCUUGGAAAGAAAAAACAAAAGCUUGAAAAGUUUAUAUGAUGUUUAAUUCUUAAGAGUUCAAUUGUUAAAUCUACUCAUAGGUUUAAGAUGUAAUUUUUGUUUUUAAAGUGUCUGUAAUCUGUCUCAGCUGAGAGGCAGCACAUCACAGCCCAGACUUUAUACAUUCUCUUCAAAGGAACUGCAACUGCAAAUUGAUUAUGAUUUCAUUUCAGCUUUUUGAAUGGGAAACUUUAAAAAUAGUUUGAAGAACUACAAGUUAUGGACAUUUAAUGGAAGCUUCUUUCCAUUCCUUCACUUUACAUUGAUGAAGCUGUUCCCAGCUCAUGUCAAGGAAGGAGCAAGCUGUGGAGCAAACUGCUGUUUCCUUUGUUAAAGGCCACCCAGAUCUUCCCUCUGAAGGACUGUUCUGUGUCCGGGAAACCUGUCUUACAGCACCUGUGAGGGCUGGAGGGGGAUGCUCAGUCAGUAGAACAUACAGUUUGAAUAGUGGAAGAUUCCAUCAAUGAGCUCAUAUAUGAAAUUUAGUUGUCUUUCUGAAUAUUUUUGUUCAUUUAUGAUGAAAAUAUAUAUAUAUUUUUAGCAUUAAUCCCAGAUUGCCACGCAUGUAGGCAGCAUCACAUUGGGGAUGCACUAAAUCUAGAACUACAGCUAGAGCCUGCUUGUACGAACACACAUUCACUGACAAUCCAUAGAGAGUAAAAUCCAUUGUAUCAAUCUGCACAAUGAAAUAAGUGGAGUAAUUCUCUGAAAAUAGAAGAGAGAGUACUGUAGUGCUCAUGAAAUGUGAAGUUUGGAAGCACAGUUAGCAAAGAUCUGAUUAAAUGCACGUUAAAUUCAACUGGGAAUAUACCCAUUGUUUUUUAGGGACAUUGAAUCAGGCACUGAUCAGUCAAAAGUGAUAAUCAGCCAAAAGUGAUAACUAUUGCUUGGACUGAAAUGCCAGAAGCAGCUAGACAUUAUUUAUUUUUGUAAUGAUAUACUCUGACAGCCCAGUAAGAGCAACACCGCAUUCCUGUGCCAGAUGCAGUGUGCAACACUAGGCACAGUAAUGUAGUCGAAACAAAUCAGAACACCACUAAAAGAGGCAAUAAUGUAAUUGCAAUACAGGAAUGUAGCAAGCGGGACUGGAGAACACCUGAAUGAAGCAUCUGAAGGAAAGCCACAUGGUUAAAGUACAGGAGUAAAGUUAGCACUCCUGGCUUAAAUGUUGACCUUUUUUCAGAUGUCCUGCGUGACCCGGAGCAAGAUGAUAAUCUCAAGGUGCACCUUGACCUGCAAACCAGAUAUUUCUAGUGUUUCCCUACCUCAAAAGUUAUAAGUCUUACUACCUUAGUGCUUGUCAAAUGCUCAACAAAUUCAAAUGGAACACUCUAUAGAAAGGUUUUAUGCAAAAAUCUAGAAAAGGAAAAAAAUACCUCAGAGGUUGCAAUCUAUAAUUUCUUACAGAGAUCUGAGUUCCAGCAGAAAAGCUGUGAGCUUGCAUUUGAGAUGUUUCUUUGGCUCUGCCCUGUAGAAUGGAAAUCAACUACGUAGAAGCAAUGACGUGAAUGUUAAAAUCUGAAGGCCUGAUCCUUAAUGCAAAUCAGUAAACGUAUCUCUUCUUAAGCAGUUCAAGAGGAAGAUAUUGCAAAAAAUGUCAUUGAUGCAAGCCCCUUUUCCUGCACGGGUACUUUGGGGGAGUUCUCUCUAGGUCAGUGCUUUCCUUCUGAGUGCAGAACAUCCAAGCUAGAGCAGUGUGCCAGCUUUGACACGGUUUCUUACAAUGGAGUUUUGUUUUGAAUUCCUAGAUGUCUGAGGCUCUCUGGAGAGGAUGAAACUUUGAUCUCUGUGAUUUUGAUGCCCACACUAAUAGAUGCUUUCAGCUUCAUUUUUUUGUCAAUUUUGGGGAGGAAACCUAAUUCAUUGAAAACACAGCUGCAGUGAGGGGAGACCUCUUCCAGGAUCUGCCAAGAAUACAAAGGUACUACAUUUAACCAGGAGACACAUGGGAAAGGAAAAGAUGGUUCCUCACCUUAGGCACUGUCAUCCUUUCUAUUUUGUCAUCGACCACGGUCAGGAAUGCCAGGCUUGCAGAUGUGAGAGCAAACAGAACUGGUGAGACAGGACACCUCACAGUGUCCUUAAAUCAAACCUUUAUGUUGAGACUCUAUUCAUUAAUGACAUCCUAAUGCAAAAGAGAGGUUAAAAACUAGUGCACACAUUGAAAUGCAAUCUCCACUCAUCUCCAAAUCCUGUCCCUUACAUGAAUCGGCUUUUUCUGCAGUGCAUAAAAGAUGUUCCCUAUCUACAGAGGUUGUCUUACAUACUAAGUGCUGUUGAUUUCUUUCUAAUGAAUAUAAACAAGUCAGAAUGUAGCAGACUCAUCGUCUCACUCCUCUCAUACACACACACAUGCACACUUCCCUCUCUCUUUCCCUCAGGGUCUCUGAGCGGACAGCAGGUCAAAUAGCAGUCACAGUGGGGGAGAGGUAUGCAGCAAACAGAAAAUAAUGAGGAAAACAUUGACUUUGCUUUUCAGAUAGUAAGGAAGAGUUGGGUAAGAGAGUUUCUUCACUUGUGAAUGUUGCGAGAUAGAAUGCUCUACAUACAGUGAGAUACUUGCAAGUCUGGAUGAAUACGUAUGAAGAGGGUUUUUUGUUUUUUAAAAGAAAGCCUCUGGAAUGCCUGCUGAGGUCUGCUGUCCCUUUGCACAUAAGGUUGGUAUUGGGUAAUUCUGAAGUGCUGCAAAUGUGGACAAGCUUUGUAGAAGCCUAAGGCCUUCUCAAAGGCAUUUCCGCCCUUUGACUUAUUUUAAUUUUGGUUUUCCCUGCUCUCUCCACUGCCUCCUGCUUUCCACUCCACUAAACUUUUUUUUUUUUUUCCUUCUGUAUUCCUGUGUCAUUACUGCACUUUUCAGUGCCACCAUCUUGAAGCCAGAUGUCAUACAAAGGGUCUGGACUAAAUCUAAAUCAGGGUAUGUAUUUAUUAUGCAGCUGGAUGAAUCAAGGUGAAGCUGUAGGAGCAGGUCAGAGAGGUUUCAUAUGAAAUUAGGUAAGUUCUUCAGGUUUUACUUGCUCUAAUCUAUGAAUUAAAAGGCCCUUACCGUAGUUUAUAUACAGGAGUUUGCUGCCAUUUUAAAAUUGGAAUGAUGAUAAAGAAAUGGUAGUCAUUGUGGGACAUGCAUUGUCCUGACAUAAGACCCUUUAUUUAAAUAAAAAAACUCUGUAUUUAAAUGACCCUCUAUUUAAAAUUUAAGUAUUUUCAGUUUCAGGUGGUUUCAGAAUCUGAUAUUUGUACCAAGGAAUUUUCAUAAUUAGCAAGUCAGUGUAGGGAGAGAGAGGCUGGAAGGAGUCAUUUGUAAGUAGAUCUGAUUUUUAUUGAUUUUGUAUUUAUUUUUAUUUUUUGAUUAAAAAAAUAAUAAUAUCUCAUUCCUUGAUGCAACUUUGGUAAACUUUAAAAAGAUCCUGCUGUCUGGUAUUUUUAGGAGGAUGAAGAAAAAAGGAGUGAGCCGUGAAAGUGGGAACUAAACCCUACCUACCCGUGCACUGUUUUAUUGAGGUUGAAAAGUGACAGAGUCCAUCCCAAUAAUUCUUCUAGAAUCACAGAAAGUGCCUGGGCAAGUGAUUCUACUGUUUGCAAAGAGAAACUUGUUGUACUUUUAUGUAAUGUGUUAAUUAGUGUGGGUGGAUAUGACCAGAUCUAGUCUUGCAAGCCUUUCAGACAACUCCCUGAACACUCCCACCUUGAGAUAUUAACAGAUAGCAUUACACUUGCCAAAUCUCAUAAAAGCCCACUAACAGACUUAAUGCAGGCACAGUGUAAGUGGGUGCAUUUAUUUCAAAGAGAACACAUCUGUUUGUAGCAGACAUGAAUUCGGCCUAGUGUUUUCUUCUAGCUGACAUCCGACUGCUGAGGAAAGAAUACAGGGUGACCUUGGAUCGUCUAUUUUGCUUUUAUUUCUUCAUGUGUCUUUAAUAAACUAAAUCUGGGUGAUGGCCACUCUUUUGACAGCCCUUGCUCAUAAGUUUUUGGGGUAAAGCAAGCUUAUGUCAAAUGUAUUUUACACAUUUUUCACCAAACAAACAACAGCUCUGAGAACCAGGAUAUUCUGCAUUGUCUUUGCAGCUCGCACCUCCCUGGUGCUGAGAUCCUCAGUCUUGCGUUGUUUCGCAGCCUGCUGGAGUUUGGAAACUGAGCAAACCCCGUCAGUCACAAGCAGCAGUUGCAGUCAGCAGUAAACAGAACGCUCUUUGUUGGAGUGCUUUUCUGAAAGAGGGCUGUGAAUAGUGGCAGGCACCUCUCACACACUUUGGCAACUCGGAGAAAGGCAAGAAGAAAACCUGAACUUCACCUUGUCCCCUGCUGCUCAUUCUCUUUUUAUCCAGCGUGUCCCGCAGGAAGCUGGCAAUUCAGUCACCUCAGUGACCAAUAAACUGUCUUCCUACCCUCUAUUCUACUGAGAUUGCAACAAUACCUUACUUCAAUACCUUCACGGAGCUGGCAGUUUCAACAGAAACAACCCUUUCUGUAUUCUCAAGAAGAGUCAGAUUGGCAAGGUAAUGUCUCAGACAGACCAGACGUGGUUUGGGGAGGUUCAAGUACUCCAGUCAGGGGCUAGAGAUGGAAGACACAAGGCACAACUUUGCUGUUGCCAGUUGGAUAGAGGGUUCUCCCUGCUCCUGUCUUCUUUUCUUUAAACAUACACCCUCUUUUGUUUCUGUAACAGAUCCCUCAAGCCCUCAAGGCUUUAGCAGAAACAUACUGAUCCAGCCUCUGUGGACUGGACGCAACUUAAAAGAAUAGACCUUUGAGGAGACAAUUUAUAGCUUCACACCUUCCCAAAGAGACCAGGUUUAUGAGUUCCUUAUGUUAGCAUUUGCCCCAUAUCUGAGUUUAAAGUAAGGAGAUUGUGCUAGCACUGUCUUAAGUAGCAAGAAUUCUCAGAGCCCAUUCCAGUUCUUCUGAAGAGAAGUCUGAACAGAAACAUAAUGAGAUAUUACACAUAUGCUCACCUUUGCUAUGGGUGUUACGUCAUAUUAACAGAAAAGGAAAAAUAAGGCUGACUUUUCUGCACAAAUCUACAGAAGAGCAGUUCCUCCUUAAGUAGGAACUAAAGCACUCAAGUGCAAGUACAGGAGAAAACAAAACAGAGGAUAGAUACAAUCUUAGGGGGAGUGUGGUGGCCCUAAACAGCCAGAGGCAAGACUCCACCUUAUAUUCCUGAAGUUGUACAAUAAUAGGGGCAUUGUGAUUUUCAUCCAAAUACAAAGUCUAUAAAAAGUGUUUGUUACUGCUGUUUAUUCCUGUGGGUCACCAUGCCCUAAAAAGCAGUCUGUUAACUUUGUAUCUUGCUGGCUCAGAACACUCCAAAUACUCCUGUUACGGUUUGCUGUCUCUUGUUUUAUUUUUUCUGAGGAAGGCAAAGAAACCCAUAUAUGUAAAAACAAGGAAGGGUCAUUUUUGACUCACUACUCACUUUUUCUUAGUCAGCUGCAAAGGUCAUCUAUCAUGCCUAAGUAUUAGGACAUGGUUCUGUGGGUUGCAUAGCAGUCAUGCUAACCCAGUAGUACUAGGUAGACGUGGUUCACUUUUUUUUUUUCCCCUUAUGCAAAAUCAUUAUGUUAUUUGAAUUUUAUUUAUCUGAAAGAGCUGCCUCUGUCCUGUACAGGCUUCUCACAGAGAGGCAUCCUUGGUAAUGAAAUUUCCCUAUGUUAAUCCAAUGGUAAUGAAAAGAAUGCAAAAUUGAAAAGUUGCUUCUGAGAUUUUCCCCAAGCAUCUUCUCAAGCAAUGUAGAAUUAAUGUAGAUGAACAGUAUUUGAACAUCAUUGACCUAAAUCGAGAAAUCUUAGAAACCUGCUGGCUCUGUAUGUAAAUGACCCUUCCCAAAUUGACUUCCUAUGUGUCUCCAAAGCAGUUCACCACUGAGAUUUGACCCCUGACCAGUUUCUUCCUUGGAAUCAUCAUUUGCAAACAUUGAGCUUUGUGAACGCAUUAACUGAAACUCUUUAUCUUCCCUAUUCAGGCACUUUGCAGCAUAGCCACCAGCUGCUUCUGCUUUGGGCACUGCUAUGGAGUGCUCCCAGAUACUGCCGUAGCACAUUCCAAUAUUAGGUAUGAGGAAAGGAGGCAAUUCAUUGCUAUCUUUGCCAGGAAAGUCACUAUUUAGUGUCUUUAUGCAGAGAGAGGACAGAAAUAAACACAGAGGUGAUACAAUUUCUGGGAUAUUUGUCUAUAUGAAAAAUGCUGUCAUAUGGAAUAAAGGCUUAAUAUAAUAAGGGUUCAUCUCAGAAGAAUGUUAAUGGAAGAUGGAAAAGGUUGCAAUGGAAAACAAGUGAGAUCAGAAAACACAAUUCCUCUUCCUGGAGCCUGCUGAGAAUGCUGAUUUCAUGCAGACUUGCUAUAGUCAAGUCAGUUCACAAGAGACUUGCAUUGUCAUUAUACCCCCUGCAACUUUGCCUAUUACAAGUAUACCAGAGGUGACAAGCUCAUUGUCUCUGCUCUCUCAGCUGUUGAGUGUAGAAAAAAAAACUUUUUUUUUUUUUUUUUAAUACCAAUCCAUCAGAGACUAAAUCAAUUAUUGGGUUUAGUGUCAGGCUGAGAUAAUGGAGGAGAUUUUUUAAGGUACCAGAAAGAAAAGUCACAGCAUCUCCUAGCUGAUUUCUUAAGGUGUCAGGUGACAUUUAUCACUGUGAAUGAUAAAGUAGGAAAAGUAUGAAUAAAUCAGCAAUAGGAUUAAACACAAUCACAAAUCAAUUUGUCAGCUAUUGCUUUUUUUUUUUUUUUUUUUUUUUUUUUUUUUUUCCCCCAGCAAUAAAAUACCUUGUGAUAUCUUCUGGACUGUCACCAGGGCUCUAAAGUAAUGGAGAAUACUUGUAGAGCUGGACAACAAUUUAUUGCCAUUCUAAGGGCUAUGCUAAAUGGAGUAGUGAGAUUGGCACCAGCAAGCAAAGCAUGUACUUUGGUAGCUGAAUAGUCUGUAACUUUUAAUAUUCUAAUGUUCUUGACUAUGCAGUAUCAGCUAUUCUAAUGUUUCUCAAAUGCAAAAAAGCGCAUCUUUACCCACAUCAUUAUCAUACUUCUGAAGCAAACACUUUCAGUUUCUUUGUUGUCCAGUUGGCAUAGGUGAGGUUUAACAAGCAAGAAAUAUCGCCUAGAAUUUCUUCUGGAGUAAUUUGAUGAUGACGCAAACAACUAUUUAUU